AUGACAGUGAAGCAGGAUUAUUGUAUGGUGAUGAGAAUCAAUAUUGACUGCAAUGGUUGUUAUAGAAAAGUGAAGAGAGCCCUUCUUGAAAUGCCAGAGUUGGAGAGCCAUUUUCUAGAGAAGAAGCAAACCAAGGUAAUUGUGUGUGGGAGAUUCAUCCCUCAAGAUGUUGCAAUCAAGAUAAAGAAAAAGACUAAUAGAAGAGUUGAGAUAUUAGAAAUACAAGAUUUGAGUGAAAACAAUGAAGAAGUUGAAGAACAGAAACCAGUUCCUACUAGCCCUCAAAAACCAGUUGAAAGAAACAUGUAUGGUUUGAUAGAAACAAAGAGAGAACUGCCUGCCCUCAACCAUAGAGUUCACUACACAAAUUGUUCUUUUUAA